CAGAAAGCAGAACGAAAGUAAAGUUCUAUCAGUGUUUUGUUUAGGUUGUUUGUGAUUAGGCGUUGUUUUUAUGGCACAGUGUGUACAAUUUGUAAUCACCAAGAAUGUCCUAAGAAUUUUAGUUCCUUCAAGAUAAAUAUUCUUCGUCCAAACCAAUGAAAAUUCAUAAAGUGUUUAAUAUUUUGGAUAGGCCUAGUUUUGUUCAUGAAUAAAUUCAAAAAACAAAUCAAUCGUCAGGCUAAGCCUAAACUAGGAAUAGUCUUUCAAAUUGGGACUGUUAAUACUGUUAUAGCCUACUAGGCCUAAAGUGUUUUCGUUUUGACUCUGAUGAUGCAGAGUAAAUUAUUUGGUGGCUUUAAAUUCUUACUUCUUGUCCACAAAAUGAGACUGAAAGACAUUGUAAUUGGUAUUGGUUCAUUUAUUUUAGGUUGUAUUAUAACAUUAAACUUUUUAAGUCUAGGCCUUAAUGACAAACCAAAUGUGAUAUCAUCAGAUCUUGAAAUAUCUGUGAAGAAUGCAAAAAAUAUAAAACUAUUUAGUGCCAUAAACUACUUUCUUAUAAUUGUGAUUGUUAGCGCAGCAGACAAUUUUGUUCAAAGAGCUGCAAUUAGAAAUUCUUGGGGGAUGUGGAGUAAGGAUUACACAGAUGUCCAAUAUUUCUUUAUCAUAGGCAGUUCUGGGCUGCCAAGUGAUAAGAUAUCAAAGCUGCAAAAAGAACAAAUUAAGUAUAAUGACUUAUUUCUCUUGUCGAUAUCUGAUAACUACAAGACGUUAACUAAAAAAGUCUUGCAGGCAUUUGUCUGGUUUGAAUCUGAAUUCAACUAUAAAUAUAUUUUAAAGUGUGAUGAUGACUCAUUUGUUCUAAUUCCAAAAGUAGUAGAUGAACUGAAAAAUAAGUUAAUUAAAUAUGAAGACUUAUACUGGGGAUAUUUUGAUGGAAGAGCUCAUGUGAAACAAGUUGGCAAAUGGAAAGAAAAGAAUUGGUUCCUUUGUGAUCGUUACUUGCCAUAUGCAUUAGGAGGAGGAUAUGUAUUAUCCAGAUCACUUGUUCACUAUAUUAAAGAAAAUGAAAGACUCUUAGGGCAAUACUUGAGUGAAGACGUAUCAGUAGGUGUUUGGUUGUCUCCCCUGAACAUCACAAGAAAACACGACGUGAGAUUUGACACGGAAUAUCUCUCACGUGGCUGCAAUAACAGCUACUUAGUGACUCACAAACAGACACCAGAGAAUAUGAAGGAGUUGUAUUCCAACAUAGUCAACACGGGAAAACUGUGUGAGAAUGAAAAGAAGACAAGAAAAUUCUACGAUUACAACUGGAAAGUGUUGCCCUCAAAGUGUUGUGUUCCGGAAGAGCUAAAAGACCAAACGAAGAGUUAAAAACUGAGUACCUCGUCAAAAAAGUAUUUGAAUCUGAGAACUUAAUGGUGUAAAAUGCUUUAAAACCCAUGAAAUAUUGUGGGAAAAACUACCAUGUGAUUGAAGGAUCGAAACCAAACCUAAUCUAUCAAUGGUGGAGUUAUUCUUGUAAAUAAUUACCUUAGGUACCGUACCUCCUUGGCCUCUGAAACCUAAGGUUUUUGGCCUUGCCAACAAUGCCUCCCCACUGCUCUCUAUCUUCAGCUGUCUCGGGGGUGGUUCCCAAUACGCCCCCCCCCCCCCCCCAACUACCCAGCAAUCCCACUCCCUCAGAACCUGGCUCUUCCAUCAAAGCCUCAGCCUGCCAAGUGGUCUCCUGCCUUCUGGGUUAUACUGGUCUACAGUUUUAGCUAUAGACAUUUUCUUGUCUCCAUACAUGUCCAGUGUAAAUAAUGUAGUGAGUUUUAAAAGUCUUUAGAGUAAGUAGCCUACCUCCUGCCAUUGCAACAUAUACGGUUGUUGAAAGUUAGCCUACUUAAGUCUUGAAAUUAAUCCUAGAAUAUAUCAACUAAACUUCGUCGACACUAGCAAUAAGUGUCACCAACAAAUUUACAAUUGGAUAAGAAGACUACUUGUGUUGGUUAGUCUAUGAUAGCUAGAUGGGAAAGCUUUUUCUAUCAAUCUAUCACUAUAGUUCGGCCGCUUAGAAAGCGACCUCCUCUAGCAUUGGUUUAGCAUUAGCGCGCAGGUCGCUUUCUAAGCGGCCGAACUAUAACAGUCCAAUGUGGAAUGUUAGAAAACUUUGCUGGUAUUCACAAUAUCUUACGGGUGUUCAUAUUUUAUAUGGGAUAAUCUUAAAUUCUGAUUUCUUAUGGUUAAUAUAAGGCUACCUAGUACUAGGGAGUUCCCAAUUUUAUUUUUUGUAUUUUUGUUUUGAUGGUGAUUGGUGACAAAGGGCUGGCAAAACCCAAAAUUACAUUAGCCUGUAAUGCAAUACCUACUAAAUUUGAAGGUACAAAAGGCAAAUAAUAAUUUUUCCGCUACACUACUGUGAACAUUACAUGUUACAUUACCUUACAUUACAUCACAUUACAUUACCUGAAAAUUCAUCAUUACAUUGUUUACUACGGAAAAAGAAUGUUUUCAUGCAAAAGUAAUGUUAACUUUGGAUUUUGCCGACGUAACAAACAAAGAUUUGUUAUUAAUUAGUCAUCUGUUUCAAUUUUCAACAACAAAACUUAAUAUUAACUUUAAAUUGAAGGCAUGACCUAUAAUAUGCUAUGAGUUUUGAAAUGUCCCUAACUAUAAUAAAGAAGUAUCCAAUUUCUGUUUAAUUGAGAAAAUUAGUCUUUGUAGUUUACCAGUAGCGAAAAGUAACGUUCAAAACACUCUUGACUAUUUGAACUGCUCAAGAAAUCUCGCACUUCAAACAUGGUCUUAAAUAUGUACUCACUUUCUAUUCUCGUUAAGAAAUAUACCAUUUUUAAUUCCACAUGAGCUUCUAAAAACUAUUUUUCCAUCUUCAGGUAGUGUUUAAAACUAAUACAAUAAGUCAAUAAUUACUUGUCAAAAUUGUUUAAUAUCAUAUUUUUUUGGUUUUGCGUUAUUAAAAAUGCUGUUAAUAGAAAUCAAGUUUUUUCCAAGUUUAGCGAUGUCCUAAUUUAAAUGUUAAAGGCUACAAUAAUUAGUAAUUAAUUGAAAUAAAAGUACCAAAAAUAUUAGAAGCCUGACAUAAUUAAUGGAGACAGCUCUCUUUUUUUAAAGAGUAUUUCAUCAAUGAAAAGAAUCUCUUUCUCUAUACUGAAUUUGACUGUAGUUGUGUAUUGUGGAUUGUAUAGUUGUAAAAAUGAUGUAAUUGUAAAUAAGUAGAAAUGAACAUUUUUAUAUGAAACAUAGAUUAAGACUCCUGGUGUCGUAAUUUACCACAAGUUUCAGAGAUUGGUUUGUCUCCUGCAGCUAUGUUACUAGUCUCUUUUCUAAUUUAUUGAGAAAAUACAAAUAAAUGAAAAUACAAUACAUA